AUGGAUCCAAAUCUAUUAUCAUAUGUGAGGAGAAAAUUACUACCAUAUAACAUAGAUGAUGCUAUGUUUUUUAUUAUAUCUACCUUCAUAAUCAUCAUACUACUACUAUUGUUUUUUCAUAAACUCACAAUUAGAAGAACCAAAUUGAAGCUACCACCAUGUCCACCAAAACUCCCUUUCAUUGGAAACUACCAUCAACUAGGAACACUUCCUCAUCGCACUUUCCAAUCUCUAUCAAAAACCUAUGGCCCUUUAAUUUUGCUUUACCUAGGCCACCUCCGAGUUUUGGUAGUUUCGUCGGCCGAAUUGGCGAAAGAAGUCAUGCAGACAAACGAUGUGGUUUUCGCUAAUCGGCCGCACCAUACGGCCACGAGGGCCUUGCUAUAUGGUUGCAAGGACAUCGCAUUCGAGUCCUACGGCGAAGCAUGGAGACAGAAAAGAAAGAUUUGUGUUCUUGAGUUGCUUAGCGCGAAAAAGGUUCAAUUACUCCAAUAUAUAAAAGAAGAGGAGGUUACAAUAUUGAUUAAUAAAUUACGUGAAUCUUGCAUGAAUGUUAAUAAUAGUAGUUAUGGUAAUUCUACUAAUUAUGUAAACCUUAGUGAGAUGAUAAUUACAACAACAAACAACAUUGUAAGUAGGUGUAUAUUUGGUAGGAAGUACUAUGAUGUAGAAGGUAAUAAUAAUAAGGAUAAUAAUAAUAAUAAUAAUAAUAAUAAUUUUAGGUUUGGUGAGAUUGUGAGGAAGGUAAUGAGUCAUCUAUUGGAUUUAGGGGUUGGGGAUCUUUUUCCUAUGUUGGGUUGGGUUGAUGUUCUAAUAAGUGGAAGGGUUAAGAGGUAUAGGGACACUUUUGAAGUGUUGGAUGCUUUCUUUGAUCAUGUAAUUGAGGAGCAUAAGAUGGCAAGCAAAGAGGAUGAUCAUGAUAAUAACAAGAAAGAUUUUGUGGACACUCUUCUUCAACAUCAAAAGGCUAUUAUGGUCGACUUUGAGCUUGGUGAUCAUGAUGUUAAGGCACUCAUACUGGACAUGUUUUUGGGAGGGAGUGACACAACUUCAUCAACACUAGAAUGGGCUUUCACAGAGCUAAUGAGAAGCCCAAUCAAAAUGAAAAAGGCCCAAGAUGAGGUAAGAAGAGUUGUUGGCAACAAAUCAAAAUUAGAAGAAAAUGAUAUUAAUCAAAUGAAUUACUUAAAAAAUGUCAUCAAAGAAACCCUAAGAUUACAUCCAGCUGCUCCUCUUUUGACUCCAAGAGAAACAACAUGUAAAACCAAACUCCAAGGCUAUGAUAUUCCUCAAAAAACAAUGGUUUAUGUUAAUGUUUGGGCAAUUCAAAGAGAUCCUCAAAUUUGGCAAGAACCUGAUGAGUUUAUACCUGAAAGAUUUGAAGACAAUGAGGUUAAUUUCAAUGGUAAAUGCUUUGAAUUUUUACCAUUUGGUUCUGGAAGAAGAAAAUGCCCUGGAAUGACAUUUGGACUUACUUCAGUUGAAUAUGUUCUUGCAAAUCUUUUAUGUUGGUUUGAUUGGAAGCUACCAAAUCAAAGUGGUGUACCUGGUCAUGCCCUAGAUAUGUCUGAGACCUUUGGCCUCACUGUCAACAGGAAAGUUCCACUUUAUCUUCAACCGAUAAUGCCGCGUUGCGAUAUUUAAAGUUGAAAUAC